GUGAGUUUGUGUGUUUAUAUGACACGAAGUUCUGGGUGCGGUGACACGAUCUGUACGCGUUAUGAUGCUUCAGGGCCCUGCCAAAUCCGCCCCAGUCACCUCUUUCGGGACCUGGGAGUGUAGCCUCGAGGUUACACAGGCACGGCGCGGCCGAAGCCAAUCCGCACGAUCAGUGGCAAAGUUGCUGAGUUAUAUAGUCGCGGAGUCAUGGGAACUCUAGAUCACCAAAUAAGAAGGUAUAGAAUGCUGAAGUUGGAUGGGGAAGACCAGUUUUGUGCGGCGUUGGAGGAUGACGUUGCCGGUUCUAUCGAAAAUGCCAAGAUCGAAAAAUCUAAUCGUAUAGAUGGAACAUCGGAUAGCCGAUUGUCUCUUCUUCAGAGCAUCAUCAAGAAUAGUAAUACGAUCGUCAUCGUUAUCACCGUUACACAUUAUUCCAUGUUGCUCCAAGAACAGAAGGACGCGCAGUCCACGCCCCAAGAGACAGGAGCAGACUCUGAGGCAGGACCAGCACCACGUGAAGAGGACAUUGUUGACGAACCGCUACACACCCCGCCACCACAUAGAUUCCCCUCGCAAGAUCAAACAUCACAGCAAAGCCCUUUAUCACCGGAAGAAAUCGAAAUCGCAAGGCCAGAAGAUCUUUCCCACGUUGGAGGAGGACUCGACUCAGUACACUCAUCAGAAGAGCAACUAGAGCCACCGUACGAAUCCCUCUCUGAAGAAUCGGACGACGAUAGUGACGAGGAAUCAAACAUGGCAAACGCAAUGAAAGUCCCGGCGUUCUCAGGAGAGCCAACGGAGAACAUCGAAGUCUCAAUUAUGGCUGCGCGAAUUGCAGCAGAAAGCCUUGGCAAACGAUGGGGACCAGACACCACAGCCACAGACAAGAUGUUUGCGCGGGUUAUGAUGUUACAAG